GGGGUGGGGUGGAAGGCAGAGGAGCGUCGCUCUUCCACGCUUUAGAAGCGGUGUUUGUUCCUCGUGUGCGUGUGUGUGACGUUGCUCCGCAUCUAUCACCCUGUCUCGGGGUAUCAGGUGAGAGGGUGACAGAAAUGGAAACUGAAACUGUAAGAAGUAAAGCCAUGGAAAAAGAAACCACUGAACAAAGAAAGGAACGUGAAAAAAAGAAAAGGUCUAGAGUUAAACAGGUCCUUUCAGAUAUAGCAAAGCAAGUAGACUUCUGGUUUGGCGAUGUCAAUCUUCACAAGGACAGAUUUCUUCGAGAACAAAUAGAAAAAUCAAGAGAUGGUUAUGUUGACAUAUCACUUCUGGUUUCUUUUAACAAAAUGAAAAAGCUAACCACUGACAGAAAAUUGAUAGCACGUGCAGUUAAAAGUUCAUCUGUGGUAGAGUUGGAUUUAGAAGGAAUUAGAAUCAGAAGACGACAGCCACUGGGUGAGCAGCCUAAAGAUGUGGAUAGUCGUACAGUAUAUGUGGAAUUGCUUCCGAAAAAUGUCAAUCACAGCUGGAUUGAAAGGGUAUUUGGGAAAUGUGGCAACGUAGUUUAUAUCAGUAUCCCUCGCUAUAAGACUACUGGAGACCCAAAGGGAUUUGCAUUUGUUGAAUUUGAAACAAAGGAACAGGCCGAAAAGGCAAUUGAGUACUUGAAUAAUCCUCCAGAAGAUGCACCAAGAAAGCCUGGGAUGUUUCCAAAAACUGUUAAAAACAAGGUCGUUCCUGCAUUACCAUCAAGUGAUUCCAAUGUAGUUGAAGAAAAGAAGAAGAAAAAGAAGAAAAAAUCCAAAACAAAGAAGGAGAGUAGCCAGCAACCAACUGCAGAAGCAAAAGAAUUAAAUGUGGGCAUUACUACAGAACACACAAGUAGGUCAAAGAGACACAGGACAACGUCUGAGAGCUCUGAAAUGGAAGCAUCAGAAAUCCAACGGCCAUAUUCAAAGAAAGAGAAAAGGAAGUUUGAUAGAAUGGAAAGCUCAGGUUCAGGAGAAAGUAGACCAGGAAAAAGGAAACGAUGCCACUCUGGGGAUGGAGAGGUGUCAAUUGUAAAGGCGAAGAAAACAUUUCAGAAAGAAGUUCAUUCUACAAAAGAGAAAUCUACAGAGGGACCAGAAGAUCCCAAAGAGAUUUCCACUGAAGAGGAGAGAGAGGUUGGUGAUAAGAAAGAUACAUCUCUUUCAAAAUCUAAAAGGAAACAUAAAAAGAAACAUAAAGAGAGGCACAAGAUGGGAGAAGAGGUCAUUCCACUGAGAGUCCUUUCAAAAAAUGAAUGGAUGCAGCUGAAGCAAGAAUACUUGGCACUACAGAAAGCCAGCAUGUCCUCUUUGAAAAAAGCAAUGGCCCAAAUAAAAACGUUGACUGCAGGAGAAAUGGAAACAGAUGCCUGUAUACCUAAUCAGCCUGCAGCAAGAAACGGAAAAUGUAAAGAAAAUUCUUCCCAGGAUGGUUCAGCUCCUGUUGAAAAGGUUCCCACAAUGGGCCCCCAGUUUGAGGGUGGAGUAAUAGUCAAGAUCAUUAGUGCUGAGCCCUUGCCAGGCAGGAAGCACAUCAAGGAUAUGUUAUCAACAUUAGCUAAUGUUGCUUAUGUUGACCUGCUAGAAGGUGACACAGAGUGUCAUGUGCGGCUUAAAACUCCUGAAGAUGCACAAACCUUAUUAAAAUCACAUCAAGAACUACAGACGAAACACAAUUGGAAAUUUGAAGUCCUUUCAGGGGAUCAUGAACAACGAUAUUGGCAGAAGAUCUUGGUGGACCGACAGGCUAAACUUAAUCAACCAAGAGAAAAGAAGCGGGGUACAGAGAAGCUGAUUGCAAAAGCUGAAAAAAUGAGGCUAGCGAAGACACAAGAGAUAAGCAAGCAUAUCCAUUUCUCUGAUGACGACUAAAUUCAUCUAAUUUACUUGUAUGAAUUGCUGUUUAGAAAAUAAAUUAAACUGUUCUUCUGAAGAAAUGAUCUCUUUGCUUCAUAAUAUUAAGGGACACAAAUAAAGACAUUGUGCAUUCCUGUUAAUACAGUCAUUUGAAUUGCUACUUGCCCUGUUUUAGAAUGUAUUAAGCAAGCUCUUAUAUGUAUUUGUCCCAGGUUUUUUGUACAAUGCAUUUUUAUAAACUGAGGUGUAAGUAUGAUCCAAAUAAAAAGGCUAAAUCUU